AUGGUAUCUCUACUACAGGAAGAGAAAUCUACUCUUCAAUCAGAGAACGAACGACUUAUUUCCGAAAUCCGCCGACUCGCCAAUUCCGGCAUCGGUAAAUGUGUCACUACCGGUUGUGCUGACAAUGGAAGUAGCCCUGGAGGUCCACUUUCGGGAAGCACUUGUAACCCUUCGUCCGGAAGUGCCGAUGUUGGCACAACUGGUAGCCCAGACGACUUCGGACUCGGUGCGUUCUACAUAGUCUCCAUGAACACAAUACCAAGUUGCGACGACGAGGUCAACCCACUUCUUAAGUUAAGUGGCUACGGAUAA